GAGCAGCCAGGCGAGGCGGGCGAGACGAGACGCAGCAGACAACCUCGGCCUCGGUUCGUGGAAUUCAUGUCAAGUUGAUUCAUAAUCAGAAACUCAAGUUUGUUUUUAUUUUUCCUGCUGUUGAGUUUAAGGGUUACAGCAUGCAAGAUGUUAUGCCUGAAAUGGCGCCUACAGAUAUGGGAGACAUUGCAGUUGACAACCUUUACCCUGCCUUGGUGGAGUGCUUUGCAGUCAUCCUUUGUGGCUAUGUUGCCGGGAGACUAGGAAUAUUACCACAAUCAGAAACUAAAGGCUUAAACACAUUUGUGGCAAAUUUUUCCUUGCCAUGUCUCAUUUUUGUGUCUAUUGCCAAGUUGGAUCUCUCAUCAGUAAAUUGGACAUUCCUUUUGGCAGUACUGAUUGCAAAAGCAGUGGUGUUUUUUGGAGUGGCAGCUAUCACCCUUCUGGUGAGUAGACCAGUAAAUUUAUCGAAAGCUGGAUUGUUUGCCAUCUUCUGUACACAGAGCAAUGAUUUUGCUAUUGGUUAUCCCAUUUUGGUCGCUCUCUACAAGGAUACACACCCAGCGUACCCAAGCUACUUGUACCUAAUGGCUCCCAUAUCUCUAGUCAUUUUAAACCCAUUAGCAUUUAUUUUAUUGGAGUUGGGGCGUUCUGAAUCCCCUUUAACAAACUCUGACUCCACUGACGCCCCUGAAAUGAGGGCUCCAGGAACCGGUGGCUAUCAAGAGAAAUUGAAAAUGAUAUGGCAGGUCAUAAAAGGAAUAGUCCUUAACCCAGUUGUGUUCAUGACAGCCCUUGGUAUUGUAGGCAACUUAGUAUUCCAUCACGAACUUCCCACCUUUUUGUCUAGAAUUUUAGAGGUGUUUGGUUCUGCAUUCACCGCUACUGCACUCUUCCUUCUUGGUCUGAGAAUGGUUGGAACAGUGCAGAAGUUGCAAGGGGCUGCAUUGAUAACUCCGGGCUUGCUAAUUGCUGUCAAAUUAUUGGCUCUUCCACUCAUCACUCGGGAGGUGGUUUCUGUCAUUCAUGCUGGAGUGAAUACCAGUGAUACAGAAGACCUCAGUACUUAUGGGUUUCUGUAUGGCACAUUCCCUGCUGCACCUGGAGUUUUUGUAUUUGCAACCCAAUAUGGGGUGGAAAUGGAAUUGAUUGCCAGUGCUAUGGUUGUGUGCACCUUUGUAUCAGCUCCUUUGAUGUUUGUUUCGGCUAAAAUGAUAUCCUUAUCAUCUAUGUUGCCACCAGACUUUGUCAAGCAGCUAAAUUUGUUUGCUUUUGACAUAGGUAUUGCAAGUGCUAUUGCAAGUGUAUGGCUGGUAGCAACGUUUAUUUUCUGCUCCAAAAUAAAGCGGAUCCCACAUCGGAUGACUGUUUGCCUCAUAAUUUCGCAGCUCAUAGCAAGUGUUGGUGUAAUUCUUAGCCAGUCUUUGGGUUCUGAAAUGUGGCAUUUGAGGCUUCAAUUUGCAGUCUACACUAUUGGAGAUCUCAGUUCAAGAUUGUGGGCAGGUUUCCUCGCCAUUGGGCUUCUGCUCUUACAAUCUCGUAGUCUUUGUCUUGUCAUGCGCUUGCAACUAGUUUUCAUCUUGUUAGCAUGGGGUGUCCCAGCUUUGAUUGUGUUGAUACUGCUGCUAGUUGGAGACCCACUGGAUAAAUCUUCCAUGGAAACUCCAGAUUUCUUUAAUUUAUAUGGUGACCUCCACUCAGCAGUCAAUCUUGCUGUAUUAUUUCCCUCUUUCAUAACCACUGUUUUCAGCUUGGCUCUACAUCAACGCUAUGAACGGCGGUUUGCUCGUUAUCUCCUUCUUGUUCAAGAUGUGAAUGAUAAUGAAAAUAAUCAGAACAAUGUGACCAGUUCUGAACGCUUUUCACCAGGAAAUGACAAUAGUAUCAAUAGCAGCAAUCAAGUUGUUGACAUUGAAGAUAUUAGUACAGAACACGGUCGUAUACUGCAAAAUGUUGGCCCCAACACUGCCAGGUUGCCACCUUGCCCAGGUGAUAUGUGUCCCUCAAGAUUCGAGUGCAGUACCGCGCGCCGAGCAGAUUGCCUUAAACUGGUCCAAGAUUAUCAUAACCAACUGUCUGAAGAGCAAGAGGAUAGACAAAUACAAAGGCAUCAAGUAGUGCUCAUGAUACUUUCGUGUUCAAUGUUUCUUGGCAUGGCUGUGUGUACUUGGAGAUUGGUCAGAUUGGACAACUUAACUGGCAUUUAUGUUGAGUUAGCUUUCCUAGACGUUGCUUUAAACCAAGGUCAAGGCCUCCUUCUGCUGGCUGUGUUUGGCCUUCAUUCUAAAGCAAUGAUCUCACCUGUCAUUAAUUUUUUCCGAGGAAUGUGGGCUACUGAUGUGCAAGAAAUUCAGUUGCCAGCUUGGGACAAAUUAGAGUUUGAAACUAGACAUGUUUGUGACCAAUUCAUUACUCACCAUCUGGAAGUUUGUCGUGCUGCUAUUUCAAAAGAUAAAAGAUGGCUAUUUCGAAAGUACCACCAAUGUUUCAAAGCUUCGGAAUUAAUAGACUGGCUCCUCAGCGCUGAUGUUGUCAAGAAUCGUGAAGAAGGUGUGGUAUACUGUAAUCACUUAGUUCAAGGAAGAGUAAUCCGAAAUAUUGGUGAUUCUCAGCACUUCCAAGAUGCGCCAUUACUCUACACCUUUCUACCACCCCCAUCAAGCAACAUUCCCUUUGAUGGAUCAGAUAGUUUUUAACUGCUUGUGUUAGGAAUGGGUACUGGGGAAGCUUAAGAGACUUUGUUGUUUUCAGACUGUGCUAGGCCAAAGAGUUUUGUGAGCUUGUUGGGUAAGGCACCUUUGUGAUAUGUCUAAAUCUGUUACUGUGUGUUUAUUUUAAUUUAUUAUUGUGGCCUGUGAAUGAACAUUUGAUAAACGUAUCCCCAAUCAGAAUCUCAGUCAUACAUACUAUUUAUAAUAUCUGAUGUAAGGGAUUAAAAAUUGAGAGUAUGCCUCCAGUUUUGUCUGAGUGGAACUUAAUGUAGAACAAAACACUGUUCUGAUCAAAUAUUCUUAUAUAGAGCACAAAAGAAACAGUCCAGUAUUUUCUUUCUCUGCAGGAACGUACUUAAUUAUUGUAAAGUUAAUUCUCACAUUUUUUGAAGUGAAAACAAAGGAAUACAAGUAAGUUGUGCUUGAAUUUAGAAUGGAUGAAUGAAAGCAGCACAUGAUUUUACCGCUGUCUACUAAUCUUGAUUCAUUUUUAAAGGCAGUUUUAGCAAUUACAUUUUAAGUGCAAUACGCUUUCUCAUUUUCAUGCCUGUGUUACAUGAAUUUUAAUUGCUGUUUUUAUAUUUUCUAAUGUUCGUGGAAUGAUGAAUAUUUUUUAAAAAUAUGUUAUUGCUUAUUGUGAUGCUGUGAGUUAGCUAGUAUUUGAUAUAAUUGACUGUGAUUUUAAUGACAAAGAGUUGAAACAAUGUUUUUGUGAGCUUCUUAUCUUCAUGCUUCGGUAUGUAGGGUAAUUAGUUUUUAUUUACCUAUUCUGGUCUCAUUAUGCUACCAUGUUCUGUAAAGUAUGUUUACAAAUAAUACCUUAUACUAGCUCUGUCUUAAAUCAUUUCAGAGUAAUAGUAUGUUUUUAUUUGUUCCAAUCUGAACAAUGCUUACCAUUUGAUUAUGUAUAGCAUAUACUCAAGUAAAUUAUCUCUCUCUUGGUCAACUCUAUGUGGAGUGAAAUCUGAUAAUUAUCUUCUUAUUCCCUCUUUCCAUAAAUUAUUUGCUGAGAUAAGUUCUGAAAGUCAUGUUUCAACACCUGUAGUUUUGUUUUAAGGAAUGUCACAUGAACGUUUUAUUCCUUGUAUCUGAAAAAUAAAUAUCAUGUCCUAUUUA